UUACGUCAUCAAUGCUGGACUGUUUACAUGGUACAUGGCACGCUGCUUCCGCUACAGUUGAGUAUUCAGACAGUUCAUGCAAGUAAUCCUAAAACUGUGGAAACAUGACAAUGGAUAUGACUUUCCUGGGGACCGGCUCGGCAUAUCCGUCCCCUCACCGAGGUGCUUCGGCUCUGGUGCUGCGGACAGACGGGGAGUGUUGGCUGUUUGACUGCGGAGAGGGAACCCAGACCCAACUCAUGAAGAGCCAGCUUAAAGCCGGUCGAAUCACCAAGGUUUUCAUCUCCCACCUGCAUGGAGAUCACCUGUUUGGUCUGCCAGGUCUCCUUUGCACUGUUAGUCUCAACACCAACCCAGACCCUCAGCAGAAACUCAACUGUGUGGAAAUCUAUGGGCCCCGGGGCCUCCGGCACUUUCUGAGAGUGACACUUGGCCUGACAGGAUCCCAGCUGCUGUUCCCUUAUGCAGUUCAUGAGCUGGAGCCCACAACUGACCAGAGUCCAGAAGAGGGUCAGCUCAGCCUAGAGGCAACAGCAGAGUCCGGCCCUCUGCACCCACAGGAGCAGCUGGGCAGGACCAUCUCUCUGGACAUCUCCACUGACUCUUACCUCCUCUUUGAAGACAAGAAGUUUGUGGUGAAGGCCUUCAGGUUGUUUCACCGCAUCCCAUCUUUUGGUUUCUGUGUUCAGGAGCUAGAUCGACCUGGAAGACUGAAGAUAGAAGUCCUGAAGGAACUAGGCUUGAAACCAGGGCCAAUGUAUGGGCGUCUGAAAGCUGGUGAGUCUGUAACACUGGAGAGCGGGCGUGUCGUUGAGCCGAUAGAAGUUCUGGAAGAAGCCAUUCCUGGGAGGAAAGUCUGUAUUUUAGGGGACUGUAGCUCAGUUGUCAGUGAGGAAUCACUGAGGUUGUGCAGAGGAGCUGACAUUCUGGUUCACGAGGCCACACUCAGCGAUGAGAACAGAGAGAAAGCGGUGGACCAUGGACACAGUACACCUACCAUGGCAGCAGCAGUGGCUCAGGCCUGCUGUGCACGGAGGUUGGUGCUCUACCACUUCAGUCAGAGGUACAAACCCUGCUCCAUGCAGAGGGAGGGGGACGAGGACAACGUCUCAGAGCUCAAGAGACAGGCUGAAGAGGCUCUACAGGGCAGUGGUGUAGAAGUGACUCUGGCUGAGGACUUUUUGACUCUACCCAUUCCUCUCAGAAGAUGAUGGUAAUGAUGUACUAAUAAGUGUUUUUUAUGACAAAUCAGAUCAAUCUUUUUGUUUGCUGUGCUGGCAUCGAAAUUGUUUACUCAUGAGUUAAAAUCUUGAUAUAGCUGAGCAACCUUUCCAUGCUGAUGAAAUGUUUUUGCUGAAUGACUCCAGAACAACAAUGUGUGUAACAGGUGCUGGGAACCCUUUUUUGGACUCUUUUUAGCAAAGUGAAUUCACAACACUCCCAAUGCAGAAAUAGCAGAAUUUAUCUAAAUUAAAUUGUAGGAUUACUCACACUGAAGAUAUGAGGGUUUUUUUGUGACAAUUUGCUUACACUGAACUCGUGGAUGUGUUUGUGCUGUGUGAUUUUUAAAGAACAUGCAAUGAUCUCUGAA